GUAAAACAAAAAGGUACAAGAAACUAGCGACAAACGGUUUGCCAUGUCACACGGUAUAAGGGACAGCAAACAGAUUAUCAUUGUGGUCGAUUGCCAGUGAAACGCCGCUUGAUGACUAAUUUGCUUAGUGACACCUGCGAUGUGAAUAAGAGGUGGAGGCUUUGGGGUUGGCUCCGCUGUUACGUCACCGCUCCAGUACGAAUUGAGAAAGUGGAGCUACUGCUGCAGAGUUAUGGCUACAGUGAGGGAGAAAGCGGCGUCUUUGAAUCUCUCUGCAGCGAUCUUCAGCCCAAUGCACAGACCACCAGGGAAAAAAAACAAGCACAUCCACAAAUCAUCUUGGAUAAAUGUGCCACAUCUAGAUUUCCAGAGACUCCAACUUUCUUUAGUGGCAGAAGAAAGUACUUUCAUAAACAGGCCAACAAUUGCAAACUUGAAAUCAAGCCACCCAUUGAUGAGAAUCCAUCCCAAAUGGAGGCAACUCACAGGAUGGAGAACAAGCCGUUCCGAGCCACGUUUAUUUGGAGCAGCAUCAUAAGGCACCUUCAGUCUCGCGUGGAGGUGAAAAGGCGACGUCACAACCUGAAGUACCACAACGACUGCUUCGUGGGCUCCGAAGCGGUCGACGUGAUCCUGGCCCACGUUGUGCAGAACAAGUUCUUCGGGGACGCCGAAAUCCCCCGAGUGAAAGUGGUGCGCGUGUGCCAGGCCCUCAUGGACUACAAGGUUUUCGAGGGUGUUGACACCAAGGUGUUUGGCAAAGAGAAAAAACGGGCGGCCUUUGAGGACAGCAGCUGCAGCUUGUACAGGUUUUUGAACUCUCCGAGCCUGACGGCGGACAGUGUUGAAAAUGGAGGCUCUUCUCCUUAUCAGCGAACUUUGUUCAACCGGCCCUGCGGCAGAACAGAGGAAAUUGUGUAUUCUUCAGCCACACCCAUCAAAACGGACAAAUCCUUAGAAGAUCUCCUGGAUAACUUAAACCUGAGUCCUGCAAAUCCAUCUCAAAUCAAAAUAAAUCUUGGAUUGCCUCAGAAUGUGGUUAACGAGGUGUGGCACGAGCAGACCCUCCUGCGACUGCUGCAGCUCGUGGAGCUGCCCCUGCUGGACGCCCUGCUGGAGGGCAGAGCUCACGAGCUGCCAGCCGGGAGCGCAGACCGCGAGGACGGCGAGCCCAGCCUGCUUUUCACCAGCAACUACCUGGACCGGGAGAUCCUGAAGGCUUUCGGUGACUCUCAGGCUGACGACUGGCUGUCGGCGGCGGUGGACUGUCUGGAGUUCCUGCCGGAUCAGAUGGUUGUGGACGUGAGCAGGAGUCUGCCAAAAUGCUCCGAGGGAACACAGCAAUGCAAGAGACUGCUAUACGACACCAUUGUGAAACACUACAACCAAAACAACCGGGAGCCCCUCCUCACCAACCAUUUGUUUGAUAUACACACAGGAAUUGCUGAGCUCCUUGUAAAUGGCAAAUCGGCUCAUGCCCUGGAGGCUCUACAGCUCUGCUUGAAGCUGCUAGAUCCACGCAGCAGAGAGGAGCUGAGGAGACUGCUGUGCUUCAUGGCUGCAGCUGCUGAUCCCAGUGAAUUCCGAUUGCACAGAGAGGUUGAGAACAGAAUGGCUGUUAAAAGGUCGUUUACCAAGGCCAUUGUCUCCAGUAAAAAUCUAGCAAAGGGGAAGGUGGACCUUCUUGUGCUGUUUCUACUUGACAAUCAAAAAGAUGCGUUUAAGAUUCCAGGAUCUUUGCACAAGCUUGUCAGUGAUAAGCUGGCUUGUCUUGUACGUGGGAAAGACCCUGACCAGGCUACAGGCUCCACUUUCUGUCAGAGGGUCUCUAGCCAGGCCUACUCUGAAACCACGUUAAAAACCACAAAGGAUGAGCUGUGGGUCUUGCUCAGAACGAUCCACGAAAACCCAAAGCUUUCCACAAAAGAGAAGAAACGUGUCCUGGGUCAGUUUUACAAAAGCCAUCCUGACAUUUUUAUACAAUAUUUUGGAAACCGAGCACCUAAUGUCUGUAUGUAACUGCGCCACUUUGUAUUGUAAAACUCUGUAUAUGUCUUGUAUUUAGAGCUAUGUAAAUGUUUAAAUUAU